ACCAUAAACAAAAAAUCAGAUAAACCGUUAAUAGUUUAAUUAAAUAAAAAUCUGUAUCGGAUUUGCCUAUCGAGAAUGUCUGGGAGCCAAAGCAAAAAUGGCGGAUGCCUUAUUGAAGAAAUUGUGCCUCCCGAGCUUUUGGUCCUGCAGCCCCUAUCGGAAGGCAACGUUCAGCUCGCGGAGCAAGAGAAAUUGCUUCACUUGCCACGAAUUGCCACCAAGAACAAUCUAUUAAAGCUUAAUUGGUGGCAUUCACCAACACAGCAACUGGACGACGAAGCCUCAUUUCUUGCUUCUACGCGACUCAAUAUCGACGCAAGUCUGGCCAACACCAAGCCCACCAAAAUCGCCAACAACAAUAACACGGCCGAUCAAAGUAGCCGUAAUACGCCUGCGAAAUCAAUUUCAACGCCUACGCAUCCCCGCGUAAAUUCUAAGCAUCCGAAUGAUACGGAGAGCCUUAAUUUCGAAGCCGAUGAAGAUUUACACCUACAAGAUUCACAAUUAUUAAUGAAGGAUCCGAAACCAUGCGUUGCUGUUUUGAACCCCGAUCAGCCAGACCAAAUGAAAAUAAGUGGAUAUCGGCGAUCGCACAUUCGUACAGUCUUAUGCUGGAUAUGCAUCAUUCUAACUGGUGGAAUACUACGACUAGUGUUACAUUGGUGGCGUCAUUGGUAUUUGCUAGCAACUUGCCAACCGUGUCCCUUGGAGGAGGCACAGCAAGUACUUAUCGAAGAGGACUAUCAGGGAAAUCAUAAGCUUUAUCACGUUAAGCCCGUUCGCACAUUGGACGUAGAGCAAUUCAAAAAAUUAUUGCAUCAAAUUGGGGAGGAAUUUGAUGAAAAUAAACUUCAGCUACCAGUUCACAUCUCUUCAGCGCAUUUUAAAGGUUGCAGAUCCCUAAGGACUAUCCGUUGCAAGCAACUGGUGUAUGCGUGGGAAAGCAGCGUCAACAACUUUCAAAAGAUCAAUGGAUUGGACGUGAAUGUAUCUUGUUCCUAUUACCAUCAGCAACGUGGCUUAACUGUGCAAGAGCAGCUCGCACGUCGUAUUGUAUUUGGUGAAAAUGAGAUAACCGUGCCGCUGAGAGAUGUGAAGACUUUACUCUUUCUAGAAGUUCUUAAUCCGUUUUAUGUGUUUCAAAUAUUUUCGGUUGUUCUUUGGUUUACAUAUGACUAUUAUUACUAUGCUUGUGUAAUCUUAUUAAUGUCUAUAUUUGGCAUAUCAAUGUCUAUUAUACAAACAAAGAAGAACCAAGAUGUUUUGCAAAAAACAGUUCUGAAUACGGGAAAUGCCUGGAUGGUCAACGCGAAGGGGGUAUCGAUUGAAGUAAAUACGAAAAUGCUGGUGCCUGGUGAUAUUAUUGAAAUACCAUCAUCCGGUUGCACAAUGCAAUGUGACGCGGUAUUAUUAUCCGGCAACUGCAUUUUAGACGAAUCGAUGCUAACAGGAGAGAGUGUACCAGUUACUAAAACAUCACUGCCGAUGAAGCGAGAUGUAAUAUUUGAUAAAAAGGAACAUGCACGCCACACUCUUUUCUGUGGCACUAAAGUUAUACAGACAAGAUAUAUUGGAUCUAAGAAGGUGUUAGCAUUUGUUAUAAAUACAGGAAAUAUAACGGCUAAAGGUGGAUUAAUCCGUUCUAUACUCUAUCCACCGCCUGUUGACUAUAAAUUUGAACAGGAUUCGUACAAGUUCAUUCAGUUCCUAGCGAUAAUUGCAUGCAUUGGUUUUACAUACACGCUUGUCACAAAGAUAUUGCGCGGUACAGAGCCUGUUAAGAUUGUGGUCGAAUCAUUGGACCUAAUUACAAUUGUGGUCCCACCAGCACUGCCGGCGGCAAUGACCGUUGGUCGCUUUUAUGCUCAAAAACGGUUAAAAGCUAACAACAUAUUUUGUAUAUCUCAACGAUCCAUCAAUGUGGCAGGCAGCAUAGAUUGUUGUUGCUUUGAUAAGACUGGAACCUUGACGGAGGAUGGUUUGGAUAUGUGGGGUGUUGUACCAAAGUCUUCAACAAAUCAGUUUCAAAUACCCCUAAAAGAUGUUAAGCGAUUGCCAUACGAUCAUUUUCUGUUUGGCAUGGUCACAUGCCACUCAAUUACUUUUAUGAAUGGUACAAUGAUGGGUGAUCCGUUAGAUCUUAAGAUGUUUGAAUCGACUGGCUGGAUACUUGAAGAUGCGAAUAAUAUACCAGAAAACGAGAAGUAUGGACUGAUCUAUCCGACUAUACUACGGCAGCCGACUCGAGAAGAAAUUCAAUCAUGCUCAAUGCAGGCAAUGCCACAACGCACGUCUGUAUUGCGACAGAGUUCGGUAGAUGAUCUAUUGGCCAACGUCGGAUUGUUAAAAACUGAGACAAGUUUUGAUCAUGGGAUUGUAAGAGAAUUCCCAUUUACAUCCACUCUACAGCGUAUGUCGGUAAUAACGCGUUGUCUCAGCGUUCAAGGCUUCAAUGCUUACUGCAAAGGAUCCCCUGAAAUGUUACAACAAUUGUGUCUACCACACAGUAUACCGAACGACUACACUCAACAGCUAUCAAUUUUUGCAAAGAAAGGUUUUCGCAUUAUUGCCGUGGCGUACAAAAGCUUUAACCCAAAAACGAACUAUACAAAAAUACAAAGGCUUUCGCGUGAGGAGGUCGAGCACAAUUUGGAAUUUCUCGGCUUUGUGAUUCUUGAAAAUCGUCUGAAGCCCGACACAUCGGCGGUUAUAAAGUCGCUAAAUCUCGCAAACAUUCGAUCAAUUAUGGUUACGGGUGACAAUAUAUUAACUGCAAUGAGUGUUGCUCGAGACUGUGGCAUUGUGAGUUCUGCACAGGCUGUUAUUACGGUGCAUGCCGUGCCCAUACCAAAAUCCUUCGAGAAAUUGAAUACCGAACAAAAUGUUGGUCAAUAUGAACUUCAGUAUACUCUUGAGUUGGGUAGUAAAACGUGUUCACCGCCACUUAAUGGUAAAAGAACAUUUUCUGCCGGUGAAAUCGUACUGAAUAUAGAUCAUCUCUCAAAGUCAACUAAUUCAUUGGUAAAUGGUGGCCUAAGUUGUGCCUCAAGUGUAUUACCCAAUAGCAAUAGUUUGGCAAGUGUAAAGACCAUUGAUACGUGGACACAUAACGAUGUUGAUGUCGAUGAUGUGGAACUAGGAGCAGGUGCUAUCAUACAUAACGAUGAUAAUUGGCGUCGUCAAUAUAUAUUUGCCAUGGAUGGCAAAACAUGGCAAAUUGUACAGAAUCAAUUUCCGCAGCAAAUGGAAAUAAUUCUGACACGUGGAGCAAUUUAUGCGCGUAUGUCACCAGAACAGAAGCAAUCGCUAGUUAUGGAGCUACAGAAUUUAGAUUAUUAUGUUGCGAUGUGUGGAGAUGGGGCUAACGACUGUGGUGCCUUAAAGGUAGCGCACACGGGCAUAUCAUUGAGUGACAGUGAAUCAUCAAUAGCAUCGCCAUUCACAUCUCGCAAUCCCACUAUUGCGGCCGUACCAAAUGUAAUAAAAGAAGGUCGUGCCGCUUUGGUCACAUCAUUUGGUAUUUUCAAAUAUAUGGCCGCAUAUUCGUUAGUACAGUUUGUAUCCGUAAUGAUACUUUAUUCAAUCGAUUCGAAUUUAACAGAUAAACAAUAUCUCUAUGUCGAUCUUGGCUUAAUAUCGAUAUUUGCAUUCUUCUUUGGCAAAACCGAGGCAUAUGAUGGCCAGCUAAACAAACAAGUGCCACUUAAUUCUCUCAUAUCGCCAACACCGUUAACAUCUCUUUUGCUUCAUCUAGCCGUUGUGGUUAUCUUUCAAGUCACUGGCUGGUUCCACUUGCAUCAGCAGUCCUGGUUCACACCUUUCCAGCCAGCUGGAGAAGAGCAUUUGGGUUGUUAUGAGAAUUACACGAUGUUUGCCAUAUCCAGCUUUCAGUAUAUUAUACUUGCAUUUGUAUUUUCAAAAGGAGCUCCAUACCGAAAGCCGAUAUGGUCCAACUGGCCUUUAUGCUUAGCUUUAGUUAUAAAUGUUUGUAUUGUGAUUUAUUUGAUUGUUUAUCCAAGUGAAUGGAUAGCUUCAUUUUUUCAAAUUAUCGUGCCCCCAGAUAUGUCAUUUCGUUACAUCAUGCUCCUAUAUGGUGUGGCAGCAUUUAUUUCUCAUGUAUUUAUAGAGUCUUUUGUAGUCGAAAAUUUGAUAUUUAAGCGACUCCAAGUGCGACGUGAGCAAAAUAUAAGAACAUCAACGCGUAAAUAUAUGCAAUUGGAGUAUAAUAUCAAGUCAUUUGAUAACUGGCCUCCUAUAACUGAGGUAUGUGAUUUACACGAUCCAACUGAUCUAGUUGACGAGCUUCAGCCGACAUAUGUUAAUUUAAGCGCCGAACAAAAUCUAGAUGCCCAGCAUAAUGUUUUUCCUGGCUUUUUUGAGACAUCUGAAAAUAGUGUAGAUCACCGUAAUCGCUUGUCGAUCCUAAAAUCUGAUAUAUCUGGUUUUGGUACCCAGCAUAGCUGAAGUUGAACUAUAGAUGCAGAGACUAAUCAUAGUAAAAUCAACAAUAAUACAAAAAAAAUAAUACUUA